AUGUUUUAUGUUAAGAUUCGUCUGCCCGAGGACAUUAGUCACGACUUGCACCUUCGUAUUACAUUCCACUCAAGAAAGCCAUACGAUAAAGGGAGGCCGGAGAAAGGACCGUUUGCACUCGCUCACAUUCGCCUCAUGUGUAAAUCGGUUCUUGUACCGGAUGGUGAUCAUGAUCUGGUCCUUCGUGAUCUCGGAAACACUACUAACAAGCCACAUUCCUCGGUAUUCUCUUUGAGUGAAAAAAGCUCCGUAUCAAUUAAUACUCUGAUCUGUUCAACACUGCUUACCCAGAAUGAGCACAUACUAAAUGUACUCGGAUGGAGGUGCCGAAACUUCGGAGCUUCACAGCCUUUGCGUUUUUAUAGGGAGUCAAGGCCAAAUCUGAACUCAUCGCUUAUCAUGCUCGCUGCACCGUUUGGCGAUACACAGGAAGAGAUGAUUCGUUUCCUUUGUCCGUUGCUGGAUGCUUUGUUCGAAUUGUGGGAAGAACGUGAACAGCUUGAAUUGCCUGUAUUUGACGUCAUCAUUGCUCUUUUCAAGCUAACUGAAGAGCAGGUCAACAGCACUGGUGCGGAUUCGCUGAAGAAGUAUUUGGACAGAUUCCCUUAUUGCAAUGCUGCUGUAAAGUUAAUGCGAUGUCUGAAUCACUAUAUAGCUAGUGCAUCCACAGUAAACAACGAGAAGACCCGAAAUCUGUUCAAAGUUCUGGGUUUGGUCUUCCGCACGGUUGUGCAGUCAAAACGAAGCGGAGACAACUUUUUUGACGACGAGCAAUACACGCAACAGUUUCGCUCCCAGCUGGACAGUGUUCUCGACUCCAAAUUUUUCAUCAGAGUGAUGAAUGGCUUUGGAAAGAAUAUCGUAGCGCGUGAGCGACUUGGCAUGGUGUCUCAAUUGAUAGAUACUCACCUUUUCGAAUUGCAAUCAUGCCGUGCUAUUCUUCUACCCCGUUGCAUUGACCUGGUUUUGGUUCAAUUAGAUCCGGACCUUAGCGAAGAGCGCGAAUUUGCAGAUCGAGCUAUGGAAUGUGCUUCUAUUAUCGGGCGACUUCUAGAGCGACUUUUCCCAGUUACGACCUCUCCGCCAUUUUAUCAAUAUGGGACUGACGAAGAACUGAAUCUCAUUCUUGGUGGCACAUACAGACCGCUGGUCUUGGCAAUGGUCUAUAUUGGAGAGCAACGUCAAUCGACUGAUGAAAUACGAGGCCGAUUCUUUUCGCUUAUCCUUGCAUUGCUUAACAAAAUGUCAGCUGAAAUCUUUGGGAAGUACAUAGAAAAUAGACCGAACGACAUCGACAAGAUGGACUUUAUUCUGGAAAUGUUGCAAAUGAUUCGAGAUCUGUUGUGCAAAUGCCCGUUUCCGUCUACUUGGCAUCAGAUGAUUAUGUUACAAAAUAAGACGAUACAUAAAGCUUUACGAUUCCUGAUGAAUGCCAUACAGGGACACUUCUCCAACGAAAAGGAGCGCUUCUAUUCAGACAUCUGGCAGGAAUACAUGCUCACAGCUGUAUGUUUCGUCACCCAGCCAUCUCUGCAGUCCAGCGAAGAGUGGCUUCGAGACGAAUCCGAUUCUCGAAUACAGCUUCGCAAAGGAACUGCUCGUGAUCUCCGAUCGAUGUGGUUCCGUCUUACACGUAUGUUCGCAUUUUUGUUUGCAGAGCAUAAGAGCACUCUGCACCCGUUCUUUUCAGCUGUGCAGAAAAUGGCCUACAUCCCUCGUCUUGUGGGAGCAUUUCUGAAAGUGGCUCUUGUGGAAGACGAUGAGACCAGGGAAGCAACAAUUCCGAUAUUCUUCGAUAUGAUGCAGUGCGAAUUUCAUUCGUGUGUUGAAGAUCGCAAAAACUUCAAGAAGUUUUCGGAUGAGUUGAUCACACAGCUGGACAGCCUUGUGGAUCAAGAUCGUGGCACGAGAGCCUUCCAAGAGCAGUUCACUAAAAUCUUGAAGAGCCAAUGCCAAUCAGACAAAGAAUUGUGGGAAGGCGGCGGUCGUGACCUCAUCGAUCGUGUCGAUCGGCUUCUAGGACACAUAUUCGAGUAUAGAUUAGUUCGAGAAACAUCAGAUUGUAUAGAAAAUGGCAUGAGUCGAACGGUGCAGCUGCUGAGAUAUUAUGAGAAGUAUAGGCACCAUAACCUCUAUAUCACCUAUGUAUACAAGUUGUACAAUCUUCACAUGACCUAUAAUAAUCAGAUUGAGGCUGCCAGAGCACUGUUGCUUUAUGCGAAUACCCUCAGUUGGAAUGACACCGAAUUAGAUGAGUCGUUAAUUGCCAGACGCCUCAAUAGGCACUGUGCCGUGGAAAGACAGUUGAAAGAUAGUCUCUUGUGUGAAGCUGCAGAUCUCUUCGCUGAAGGUGAAAUGUGGGAAGAUGCUAUAAAGAUACUAAAGGAGCUGUUACCUGUUUACGAGAUUGCAUAUGUUGAUUACGACAAGUUGGCUUCACUGAUGGUCAGGAUUGCCGAGCUCUAUCGUAAGAUCGAUCGCGAGAAUCGUGCCUUUUUCUACUAUUAUCUUGUGGCAUUUUACGGCAAAGGAUUCCCUUCAUAUCUUAAUGGGAUUAGCUUUGUGUUCCGCAGUGACAAGCUAGAGCGUCAUGCUGAUUUCAUGCAACGUAUGCAGCAGAUUUAUGGUAACCCCGAGGCGAUUAUGUCCAUGGACGAUUGUUCGCAUCUGAAAAACUCUCCCGGUCGAUAUAUGCAGGUAUUCAACGUCGAUCCGAUACCUACGACUUGUCCGUUUAACGACGCUCACGUCAAUCCUGCUAUCAAGGAUUAUUAUCGUCACUAUAACAUUCGUGACUUCGAAUAUAGUCGAGUGGAAGAGCGGAAAGGUACGAAAUGGACUUCGGUGAAGGAUUCUGAGUUGAUGCGAACCUGGAUUGUUAAACGAACAGUGGUGACGUACGAACGAUUACCGGGCAUUUUGCGUUCUACCCAGAUAGUCUCUACUUCACCACCAAUCUACGUAAAUCCACUACGGCGUUCCGUCGACCAAAUGCAAAAGAAGAACACUGAGCUUAUGGAAACGGCCUUACUAGUACUACUCAACAGAACACAUGCAGUAAAAAAACUUUCUGGAGAGAUUCUUGGUGUAGUACGUCCAGCUGUAAUGGGUGGUGUAAGUAACUAUGAGGUAUUCUUUUCUGAUGAGUGCUCCAGAAUAUACGACUCUGAGGAAAAACAGCUUGCAAUGCAUCUGAGCGCUCUAAUAAUUGAACAAGUGGAGAUUCUAGAAUUUUGUCUUUAUGCCCACGCCACUCGCACAGAAAUCACGAAGCAGUUCCACGAUCAUCUUGUCGAAGGCUUUUAUGAGCACAAGCAAUAUGUCGAGGACAAAUUUGGUCGAACGGUAAAAUUUGCUGUUUACUAUUCAGGAAACGACCCUUUGGAGUUGGUUUAUACUUUAUGGGAAGAUUGGGUUACGAAGCUGUUGCGUAAACAUGGUUCUUUUAAGCUCAACUGGUACACUGAACUUGAGAUCGCGUGGAGCUGCUAUAGGAUCGACCAUGUUGAGCAUGCUGACUACCUCCAGAAAGUCGAGUUCGAACAACGUUGCAAAUUCCUCAUCAUCGCCAUCAUUGUAAGGCUCAAUAUUUUUUUAACAAUAUGA